CGGUAGCAGAGACAACUACGUUAGAAACAACAGAAGUUAGCAUCGAAGUUCCUAAGACAGAAACCAGUGAAGUUACUGUAGAAAUGACCAAGAAGGAGCUCACUACCAUUGAUAUGGAGAUCAAGCCCCAGGAAAUAACUGAGACUGUAGCCUUAGUUGUGGAGAAAAAGCAAGAAGUGAUAACUGAAUCUCGUGAAAUCCAUAUGGAUAUUGAUACUAAAUCUCCUGAGCCUGUUGUAGAUGUAGCCAUGACUUUUGACAUUGAAAAACCUAAAGAGGAGAUUCUUAAAGUUAAAGAUACAUCCCCAACACCUGUUGACACAGUCCAGGUUGUUGAGGAACAAAAGAUAGAACCACCUAGAACUGAGACUACUGAAUUUAGCAUUGAUGUAACCAAAAAGGUCGAAGCACCAAUUACAGAAACUACUGAAGUAUCUCUAGAUGUAACCAAAAUAGAAACAGCUGAGAAAACAAUUGAAGUGACAAAAGAAGUUGAAGCACCUGUCACUGAAACUACAGAGGUGACAAUGGAUAUUUCAAAAACUGAAAAAAGCGAAGUGAGUGUUGAAAUGACCAAAAAGGAACUAUCUACAGUUGAACUUGAGGUAAAACCACAAGAAACAACUGAAGCUGUUACAUUAGUUGUUGAAAGAAAACAAGAAGUAGUCACUGAGGCUCGGGAAAUCCAUAUGGAGAUUGAUACCAAAUCUCCUGAACCUGUACAAGAAGGGGCAUUUGACCUUGAGAAACCGGAAGAAGAAAUUCUUAAAGUUAAAGAUACAUCACCAGUACCAAUCGGAACAGUUGAAAUAACUGAUGAACAAAAGGUUGAAGAACCCAUAGGUGAAGCUCCUCAAUUUGUCAAAACAUUAGAAGAUACACACACCACUGAGGGCAAACCAAUGCGCCUAGAAUGCAAAGUCACAGGUAUUCCACGACCAAACAUAACAUGGCUUCUUGAUGAUGAGGAAUUACAAGAUACUACUAUAUAUGAUAUUGUAUAUACUGAAGACUGUACUUGUGUGUUGACAAUACACGAGUCUUUCCCUGAGGAUGAAGGCGACUAUUCAUGCAAAGCUGUGAAUGAGUAUGGAGAGGCAAUCACCACUGCAGAGCUGACAGUCACAGGAAAAGAUGCAUCACCUGCUAGAGACCAGACAAGUGAGAUGGAAAUCAUGUUAACAAAGGAACAGGUUGCAGAAUCUACUGAGAUCUCCCUGACUCUUACAAAACCAGAGGACAUAACCUUUACCACAGAAUCGACAGAACAAGAAUUUGUUAUUGAGAGUAGAGUGACGGAUCAGCUGAAUGGCAUGUCUAUAACUGAGAAUGGGGAGAGCCAUAGUAGUAGUACAUUCUCAACAACAUCCUCAACCACUACCAGCACUACAAGUUCAACAAGUGUGGAUGACUCGGAAGACUCGGACGCUAGCACAGUAGUUGAAGAACCUCUGAGUAAACGUAAAACAACUGAAACAACAAUAUCAACCACAACUAAGACGAUGUCAACAACCUCUGAAAAAAGUGAAACUAAAAUGGUUAUUGAGAAUAACAAUGCAUCGGCACCUGUGUUUACUAAAUAUCUUGAACCUCUGAUAAUCAAAGAUGGCGACCAAGCCAAGUUUGAAUGUGUUGUUGAAGGAGACCCAAGACCUAGUAUAGUUUGGUUUAGAGAAGAGGAUGCAGUGCAACCAUCAGCAGAUUUUGUCAUGGAGUAUACUGAGAAUAAUGUAUGUACACUUGAGAUCAAGGAGGUAUUCCCAGAGGAUGCAGGUACUUAUAUUGCAAUGGCUGAAAAUGAUGCAGGAACAACCUCAUGCUCAGCAUCCCUUGUUGUGGAAGUAGAAGAAGAAGAGGUCGUUGGCCCAUCAUUUGUGAAAACACCAAAGUACAAGACUGCUGAAGAAGGCGAGACUGUUGUAUUUGAGUGUACAUUUGUGGCACAACCAGAACCAGAGAUUUCCUGGUAUGUGAAUGAUACUGAGAUAAAGAGUGAUGACCACUUUGAGAUCUCUGUAGAGCGUGAGGAAGAGAAUACAUACACUGUCACACUCACCAUCAAUGGUGUUAAGGUGGAAGAUGCCGGAAACUACAAGAUUGUUGUGAGAAAUGAUGGCGGAGAUGCAAGCGUCUCAGUCUCUCUCAUUGUCAACAAAACCAUUAAAGAAAUCACUGAUUUCACUUCACAGUUGAAGACUGAAGUGAAAACCAAAGUUGGUGUUCAAUAUGAUGUUAAACAGCAUGAUUUUACAUCUCAACUAAAAACACCCAGGAAAACUAAGGUUGGUGUUCAGUAUGAUGUGGAGCAGAAGGAUUUUAGAUCCACGCUAAAACCAUCCCCAUUAAAGUCUAGUAAAUACGAAACAGACACAAAACCAGAAGAAGAGCCAAGGUUUGUGGUCCAAAUAAGUGAUGUCCACGUGAAAGAGGGUGAGGCAGCAAGAUUUGACUGCACUGUUGAAGGAACACCUGAACCCUCUGUGACUUUCUAUUUCCUUGGUGCCCCAGUAGAUGCCGAUGGUGACAUAUACCAGGUGGAACAAGGCCCAGAUGGCACACACUCUCUCAUCCUACCAGAGUGCUUCCCAGAAGAUGCUGGAGAGUAUACUGUCAAAGCAGUCAACUCUGUAGGCUUCCAGGAAGUCUCUGCUAUGCUUACUGUGGAAGAAUAUUUCUCAGACACAAGUACCAUUAGCUCCAAGAAGGAGGAAGAAGCUCCCAUUGAACCAGAGCUCCCUGUACAAGAUGCUGCAGCCACUAAGAUUCAGGCAGCAUUUAGAGGCAUGCAGGCUAGAAAGGAGGUAGAAAUCAUCAAACAUGAGAAACAAGAAAUCACAAUUACCACCACUGAGACAUUAGAAGUUGCUCCCCAAGAGGUAACUGAGGUGACUACAGAGGAGAUCACACUAGCCCCCGAUGCUCCUGAAUCUGUGGAGGUCACUAUGGAGGUAGUUGAACCCAAAGAGUCUGUAGUUGAUGUAGAACAACCAACUUUCAAGACAGAGAGUGAGCAGGUUACAACAAUUACCGAGUCUAUUACAAUGCAAGUUGGUGAGACACCAACUGGAGAGGAGAUGACCUUUGAAGUGAUUGGAGCUCCAGAAGGUAUCACACUUGAUGUAUCUGAAAAACCAACCUUCACAACUACAACUGAAAAGGUUACUGUAACUACUGAACAGAUUGGUGAAGCCCCACAAGCCCCAGAGGGUCAGGAA